GCGUAUUUACGGGGGGGGAUUAGGGGGAUCAAUCCCCCCCCCUUGGUAUUUUUUUUUCUAUUAUUAAAGAAUUUACCUAUAUAAUAUACCUAGACACUAAAUUGUGUUUAGCAUUUAUUAUCUUAUUGUAUUUUUUAUUUUUGUAAAUAAAGUAAAAAAAAAAUAAGUUAAAAGGUUAUUAAUAGCCUAUUAUUACGCCACUAAAACCGCUAUGUCGUAGCUAGUGCGGCGAGUUAAUGCUAUUUCUGUCCGAUUACUAUUCUAUUAUGCUUGUAUGCGGGCCGUUAGUCAUUAGUUAUUACUUAUUACUGUACAGUUGUAACUUUGUAAUAUAAAAACAAGAUAUUUUUAGACUAGAACUAAAAUAGCAAAAUCAAUUUAUUAUAUUAUUAUGGAAUGGUCAGAUGGUCUAAUAUAUUCCACGUAAUCAGGCUAUCGGCAUAUUUGAUAUUUAUUUGUUUGGAAAAACAACAUUCGUAUUCGCAGGCUAAACACGAGCAGUUGCCAGUUUAUAAUAAUUGCAUUUUUAAUUUUGAUCUUCUGUGUUAAACUGUUGAUUUUAAUUUGAAAUGAAACGAAAUACACAUACACUAGAUUCUUUUUUUAAGCCACAACAAAAGAAGACAAAUAUUCAUGUGGAAAAUGAAGAUGUACCAGUGAAAAAGAUACUAUCAAAAAAAUCAGUGGCUAGCCCACAACCACUAAAUGCUCCUGGUGAUAAUACUAGUAAUAUUGAUAAAAGUAUUAAGGAUUCUGAGAUUUAUGUAGAUGACAUUUCUUUAUUUACUAAUACAUCAAAAUCAUUAACAAAUGAGGAAAAACUAAAGGUUUUGAAACACAUUUGGGUUCCUCCUAACAAUUUUACUUUUCCAGUUAUAGAAAAUAAAAAAAGAAAAUUAAAAUUUCAGUCGUCGUGGAUGAAUUUAUUUCCUUGGUUAGCAUAUUCAAAAAUUAGACAAGGGGGUUAUUGUAAAUAUUGUGUUGCAUUUUCCAAAUAUGGAGGAAUUGGAAAUCAACCACUUGGACAGCUCGUUGUUAAUCCCUUUAUAAAGUAUAAAGAUGCUCUACAAGAUUUCCGGGCCCAUUCUAAAAAAAAGUACCAUAUAGAAGCUGUGUUAGAUGCAGAAAAUUUUUUGGAUGUCUUUGAAAAAAGAAAAUUGCCAAUAAUACAACAAAUCGAUAAUGAUAGAGUUAUUCAAAUACAAGAAAAUAGGAAACGUUUGGUACCGAUUAUUCAAUGUAUCUUACUUUGUGGUCGAGAAGAUAUUUCUUUAAGAGGACACCGUGAUCAUGGCCAAAUUGAUAUAAGUGAUGAUAAGUGUAAUGAAGGAAACUUUAGGGCUAUUUUAAAAUAUAGAGCUAAAGGGGAUGAUUAUCUAAAAACAGUACUUGAAGGACCAGGUAAACGGAAUAAGUACAUUAGUCCAGGAAUACAAAAUCAAAUCAUUGAAGCUUGCAACAAAAUAAUUUUAAAAAAAAUUGUUGACAAAAUAAAUAUGUCUGAAUGUUUUUCUGUGCUAGCAGAUGAAACAACAGACAUUUCGACAACUGAGCAAUUAUCUAUAUGUGUGAGGUAUGUCGAUAGUAAAAAUAUACUAAAUGAGAGCUUUCUCCAGUUUUUCUCUAUACAUAGUUUAACAGGAAAAGACUUAGCAACUUCUAUAUUAAGAGGUUUAAGUGACUGUGGAUUAAACUGUGAGUUCAUGUACGGUCAAGGAUAUGACGGGGCCAGCAAUAUGGCUGGUGAAUUUAGAGGUGUACAGAAAAUAAUUAAUGAUCAAUUUCCCAGAGCAUUAUAUGUCCAUUGUUCUGCACACUCCCUCAAUUUAGCUGUGUCCUCGUCAAGCAACAUUAGACCGAUAAGAAAUUGUCUUGGAAUAGUUGAAAAACUACAUGUCUUUUUUAAUACACCUAAAAGAAAUAAUGUACUACAAAAUGAAAUUGAGAAAGCAGACCAUACACCCAAUGUUACUACACUUAAAAGACUUUGUGCCACUCGAUGGAUGCAAAGGUACGAUGCAUUGAAUGAUUUCUGUGAACUUUAUCCUUAUGUUGUCAAAUCCUUAAGUUAUAUCGCUUCAGAAUGGAAAGAUACAUCUGCCACUGAUGCCUGUAUGCUUCUGAAGAAUAUUCAAGACUCUGAGUUUAUGGUUUCACUAUAUGUUACUAAGGUACUAUUUUCAUAUGGCUUGCCAAUUUGCAAACAGUUGCAGAAAGAAAAAAUUGAUUUAAAAAAAACAAUAGAUUUAAUUGAAAAUGUUAUAAGUGUAUUAACAGAUAUGCGGGAAGCUUCAGAAAAAGAAUUUAAAUUAAUUUUUAAUGAAGUAAAGAAAUCAGCAGAUAUAUUUGAGAUUACUAUCAAUAAAAAACGUAUAACAACAAAACAAACUAAUAGAGCUAAUCCUCAAAAUAUAAAAUCAGAUGAAGAUUAUUUUCGAGUGACAAUAUUUUUGCCUUAUAUAGAUCAUUUUAUAUCUCAACUCAAGGAAAGAUUUAUAAACCAUAAAAACAUUUUAAUAGGUUUUGAAUGCUUAUUUCAUUCAGAGUUUACCGAUAAAGAUAAAAUAGAAUUUCAAAAAUUAGUUGAUCUGUAUUCGCCUAUUAUCGAUAAACACAAUGUUUUGGCUGAACUCAAAAUGUGGAAACUAAAACUUGCUUCAAGCUGUGAAAGUUUAACAAAAAAUGGAUUAGAUGCUUUACAAAACUGCGAUAAAGAUAUUUAUCCAAACAUCCAUUUUUUGUUUAAAAUAUUAGUUACUUUGCCUGUUUCUACAGCUACACCUGAACGGAGCUUUUCUACAUUAAAACGUUUAAAAUCCUAUUGUAGAAAUUCAAUGAAUGAGGAACGUCUUAACGGACUAGCACUUUUAUCAGUUCAUCGGACAAUAGACAUAAAUAUUAAUGAAGUAAUUGAUGAACUGGCAACUAAACAGAGAAAAUUUGAUUUUGUAUUAUAAAUGUAAAGUAUCAAAGUUUAAGUA